AUGAACACAGAUAGCGGUGGGUCUGCUCGCAAACGUGCCGCCAUGUCUGUUACAUUAACAUCUGUGAAGAGAGUUCAGAGUUCUCCAAACCUAUUGGCUGCAGGGCGUGAUUCUCUGUCACCAGACUCAGCUUGGAGAUGUUACAAUGAUCGAAAUCAAGAGACACUGAAUGGAGAUGCUACAUAUUCCUCUCUUGCAGCAAAAGGUUUUAGAAGUGUUCGACCAAAUCUACAAGAAAAAAAAUCACCAACUCAGGUACCCCUUCCACCACCCAGAAAAGAGAGCUUUUAUAGCUCCUUGGUAACCAAUCACACAAAGGGUGACAUUUUAGACCAAUUAGUAACUAACCCACAAAUUCCCUCCUGUACAGAGUUCUUUACUAAAAAAACACCUCUUCAGGGAACUAUGUGUUCUAAUGAUGACUCCAGUCAGACAAUUGUGUAUUCUGAAGAAUCUAACACAACUGUGUCAUAUACACAGAAAAUCACUAAUCCACUACCACCACCUUCCAGCACACGUCCCCCACCAAAAGCUGACAUAAGUACCCCAUUUCUACAAGAGGACUACACACAAGAUUCUCAAACUCGGAGAAUUUCUACAUUGAAACUAAUCCAUAAGCAGGAUGCAGGAAGUAGCAUCCCAUUUAAUCCUCCACAGUUUUCCAAAUCUGUUGAAUUACCAUCAUUUCUCAAAAGGUCUUGCUCACCACCCCCUAACCCAGUGCCUGAGAUACACACAGCAUCUCUUUCCAUUCAGAUAGCUCCCCUUUCAGGACACGGUCCUGAAAGUCGCAAACAGGCACCCGAGCUUUCUCCAGAGACUGCAAAGAUACCUCUUCAGCCAGAGAGACAAAAACCUGCAGUUGCUGCGGCCUCUCAGUCCUCAGACUGCCAAGUGAGCCAGAUAACAGUGAAUGGAAACUCUGGAGGCACUGUGAGUCCAAUGAGUUACUAUCAAAGGCCGUUUUCCCCUUCUGCUCACUCGCUACCAGGCUCCCUCAAUUCCAGCAUUAUCAUGCAGCAUGGCCGCUCACUCGAUUCCUCAGAGGCAUACCCCCAGCAUGCACAGUCUCUGGACGGCAGCCUGGGCAGCUCGAUACCGCUGUACAGAUCCUCGGAGGAGGAGAGGAGAGUGACAGUCAUCAAAGCGCCGCACUACCCGGGGAUCGGGCCGGUGGAUGAAUCCGGAAUCCCCACGGCAAUUAGAACGACAGUUGACAGACCAAAGGACUGGUACAAGACCAUGUUUAAGCAAAUCCACAUGGUGCACAAGCCGGAUGAUGACACAGACAUGUAUAAUACUCCUUAUACAUAUAACGCAGGCCUGUACAACUCGCCCUACAGUGCUCAGUCACAUCCUGCUGCCAAGACCCAGACCUACAGACCCCUCUCCAAAAGCCACUCCGACAACGGCACUGAUGCCUUUAAGGGUGCUUCCUCUCCUGUUCCGCCCCCACAUGUUCCUCCUCCAGUCCCCCCACUUCGACCAAGAGAUCGGUCUUCAACAGAAAAGCAUGACUGGGACCCUCCAGACAGAAAAGUGGACACAAGGAAAUUUCGUUCUGAGCCAAGGAGUAUUUUUGAGUAUGAACCUGGGAAGUCAUCCAUUCUGCAGCAUGAAAGACCACCCCCUCUCCCAAGCACUCCGACACCUGUUCCCAGGGACCCCGGCCGGAAGCCUAUUUCUAUGUCACCAUACGGAGAAGUUACUGGUAGCCCCUCCCCUCCGCCCAGGACCAGCAUCCCCACACCAAGCCCGGGCACCCCGGCUCUCUCUCCCAUCUGGACUGAUCGCAUAAAUCCAGAUGACAUAGAUUUAGAAAAUGAGCCCUGGUAUAAAUUCUUUUCAGAACUGGAGUUUGGACGCCCGCCUCCUAAAAAGGCUCUGGACUAUGUUCAAGAUCAUUCUUCUGGUGUUUCCAAUGAGGCCUCCUUGUAUCAAUCCUCUAUAGACAGGAGCCUGGAAAGACCCACUAGUUCUGCAAGCAUGGCCAGUGACUUUAGGAAAAGGAGGAAGAGCGAGCCUGCGGUGGGGCAGCCGAGGGGCUUGGGGGAUCCGACGGCAAGCCAAACUAGCCCAGGUCGAGCAGACCACCCAGGAUCAAGCACCAUUCUGACAAAGUCCUUCAUUAGUUCUUCUCCUUCUUCUCCAUCAAGAGUAAAAGGUGGGGAUGAUAGCAAAAUAUGUCCAUCCCUUUGCAGUUACUCAGGGCUCAACGGCAACCCCUCUCAUGAGUUAGAUUACUGUAACACUUACAGACAGCAUUUGGAUGUCCCACAUGACUCACAGAGGGCCAUUACUUUCAAAAAUGGCUGGCAAAUGGCCCGGCAAAAUGCAGAGAUCUGGAGCAGCACUGAAGAAAUGGUUUCCCCCAAAAUCAAAUCCCGUAGUUGUGAUGACCUUUUAAAUGAUGACUGUGAUAGCUUUCCUGACCCGAAAGCCAAGUCGGAAAGUAUGGGUUCUCUGUUAUGUGAAGAGGACUCCAAGGAGAGCUGCCCUGUCACAUGGGCUUCCCCCUACAUCCAGGAGGGCCACAGUAAUAGCAGAUCGAGGCUCCGAUACCGGUCAGCCCAUGACGCCCCAGGGUUCCUAAAAAUGUACAAGAAGAUGCACCGUAUCAACCGCAAGGAUCUGAUGAACUCGGAGGUGAUCUGCUCUGUAAAGUCGAGAAUAAUGCAGUACGAAAAGGAGCAGCAGCACAAGGGCCUGUUCCAUGGGUGGAGCCAGUCCUCCACGGAGGAGGUGCCCAGGGACAUGGUACCCACCCGCAUUUCUGAAUUUGAAAAGUUGAUUCAGAAGUCAAAAUCCAUGCCAAAUUUAGGAGAUGAAAUGUUAUCUCCUGUAACCCUAGAACCACCACAAAAUGGUUUAUGUCCCCAAAGGCGAUUUUCUAUUGAGUCUUUGCUGGAGGAAGAAAAUCAAAGUCGACACGCUUCUCAGGUACAACGAAGCUACACGUCUAAGGCCCUGGUGCCAAUCCACAUUGAAGUCACCAGUGAUGAGCGACCGAGAACUCAUAUGGAGUUUUCUGACAGUGACCAGGAUGGAGUUGUGUCUGAUCACAGUGAUUAUAUUCAUGUAGAAGGAUCGUCCUUUUGCAGUGAGAGUGAUUUCGAUCACUUUUCUUUCACAUCCUCUGAAAGUUUUUACGGGUCCAGCCACCAUCACCACCACCAUCACCACCACCAUCACCGGCACCUCAUCAGCUCCUGCAAAGGCAGAUGCCCUGCCUCCUAUACUCGAUUUACCACGAUGUUAAAACAUGAAAGAGCUAAACACGAAAAUCCUGAAGAGCCCAGAAGACAAGAAAUGGACCCUGGCCUUUCUAAACUGGCAUUUCUAGUCAGUCCCGUGCCUUUCCGGAGGAAAAAAAAUUCGACUCCCAAAAAACAGACGGAAAAGGCAAAAUGUAAAACGUCUGUAUUUGAGGCUCUGGACUCUGCCCUUAAAGACAUCUGUGACCAAAUUAAGGCUGAAAAGAGAAGGGGAAGUUUGCCAGACAACAGUAUAUUGCACCGUCUCAUCAGUGAACUGAUGCCAGAUAUUCCUGAAAGGAAUUCAUCCCUCAAAGCUCUGAAAAGGAGCCCCACGCACCAGCCUUUCCACCCACUGCCUCAAGAAGGUGCUAUCCACUGUCCAUUGUACCAGAACGAAUGCGGGAGAAUGCCUCACAGUGCCUCCUUCCCAGACGACACCAACAACAACUACCACCACCAAGACCCUGACAGUGCACUGAGCCUCCAAGACCAUGAGUCCCCUAGAAGUUACUCGUCCACACUGACUGACUUGGGGAGAAGCGUACCAAGGGAAAGAAGAGGAACUCCAGAGAGAGAGAAAUUGCCUGCAAAAGCUGUUUACGAUUUUAAGGCUCAGACAUCCAAGGAGCUGUCAUUUAAGAAAGGAGAUACUGUCUACAUCCUCAGGAAAAUUGAUCAAAAUUGGUAUGAAGGAGAGCACCACGGGCGAGUGGGCAUUUUCCCGAUCUCAUACGUAGAGAAACUCACACCUCCUGAAAAAGCACAGCCUGCAAGACCACCUCCCCCAGCCCAGCCUGGAGAAAUCGGAGAAGCUGUAGCCAAAUAUAAUUUCAGUGCUGACACAAAUGUGGAGCUAUCGCUAAGAAAGGGAGAUAGAAUUAUUCUUCUUAAAAGAGUUGAUCAAAACUGGUAUGAAGGUAAAAUUCCAGGAACCAACAGACAAGGCAUCUUCCCUGUUUCCUACGUAGACGUCGUCAAGAAGAAUACAACCAAAGGUGCUGAGGAUUACCCUGACCCUCCGAUACCCCACAGCUAUUCUAGUGAUAGAAUCCACAGCUUAAGUUCAAAUAAGCCACAGCGUCCUGUGUUUACUCAUGAAAACAUUCAAGGUGGGGGGGAACCGUUUCAGGCUCUGUAUAACUAUACUCCUAGGAACGAGGAUGAGCUGGAGCUCAGAGAAAGUGAUGUCAUUGAUGUGAUGGAAAAAUGUGAUGACGGAUGGUUUGUGGGAACCUCAAGAAGAACCAAAUUCUUUGGUACUUUUCCUGGAAACUAUGUCAAGAGGCUGUGAAUCACUCUCCUCAUUAUUUAUGCCGCAUUUCAGCACCACACCUGUGUAACCUUGCCUGAAAGAUCCCCACAGGCCUCCUGCUGUUCUGCCUUCUGGUUUCUAGUAGAAGUCACCUACCAUCACCAUCUCCACCUGCCAUUGAACCACCAGCAAUGGAACUGCCGCUGCCAUGGGGAGAUUGGAGGAUUUGCUUCUGCGUGAAAGUGCAUAUUCCUGCUCUCUGCUCUAAACUUUGAAAAGUCGACGUGUGGCAUCAUAAAGAAAAUCAUUAUACUUAAAAAGGGUUGAGUAGUUGAGGCAAAAAAGUAAGUGUCUCAAGGAGGCUCUCUGGUCCACUUUGGAAGAUGCUCUCCCCUCAGGCAACCAGAAGAUUGUUUAUUACUACUUGCUGUGGUUGGCAUUUUCACCUUCUUAGCUUGGCAGUAUAUUUUCCUUUCACGAGUUUGCCUAGUGUCCUGGUUUACACGAUAUGACAACUGUACUUCAGCUAUUGUUUGCCUGCACUUACAUGUUGUAAUAUGCACAGUGAUUACAAAAUCUAAAGCAAGAGUAGGAAAGUUAAUUCAAAUGAGUGUGAUUUUGUUGAAUUGAAUGUGAGUUUCAAAUAGGAGCCUUCCUGCAGGUUUUUUUUUUGUACUUUUUAGAAGUGCAAACAAUAAGUGAAUAAGAGCCUUUGGUAAUAAUCAUGAGACUAUAAGAGGUUUAGCUAGAUUACAAAAAACUAUUGUGUUGUAAAGUCGCAUUGCUAUUUUAUAUUAAAAUGUAAUAAUCAGCGUCAUGAA